AUGACGCGACUGGCGCGUCGCGGGGCUAGGCUAUUUACUCCUUGCCUAGGCUUCAUUGCGGUGUGCAAGAAGGGUGCGACGACACUUACGACCUGGCCUUGCGAUGUUACUGUCGGCAGCCUGCACUCAAGAUCUGUUUACAUCAAUGCUACACCACAAGCCUUCUUCAACGAUCUCAUGAUCAUGUUCGCGCAGGACGAAACUGCCGACGUCUUUGCGAUCCCAGAUUUCUGGGAACCACCACAGUGGGAACUUCCCAAGGACGACAAUGGUUUCUUUGCGCUUGAACUAAAUGAAACGGAAGCUUCACCACUAUGGAAGCUACCCGAAGACCAACCGAACAAGCUCUUUGCACUUCCUACGAUAGAUCCUGGCGCGGAACGAGACGACUCAAGCGCCGCCGAUGCGCCGGAGGAAGAGCAGGAGGAAGAGCAGGAGGAACCACUGCUUGAGAAUGGCUUUGAUCUUCGCGACCUAUGGAUGGCGCUCGACAAGCCAACGCUACGGCCGCCAGAGUACAAAACAUGGAAUCAUUUCGAGGCACCCAAUUCGUCGUGGACGAAGCCCUUAUUCAUAACGGAAGCUGGCCCUGGAGCAACUGACGCUCUGAUGGGUUUUGAUCAAGACCCAUUGAGACUCGGGAGUUUUGAUUUCAGUGUGGUGGAGACGAGACCUUAUUGUAACGCGCUGUUGUCUCUGGCUCUUGGCAGAGAAUCGGUCUUCUUCUCAUGGGAAGAGGAGACAACUACGUUCAAGCCGGCCCUUCCAAAGAUCAGGAUCUCGGGCUACUCUGGAAAGACUAUUCAGGAGGUUCAGAAAGCAUGUUUAAGAUGUGGAAACACCUAUCGGAGACUACGACAAUUUGUCGAAACAACGUACAAGAAACAUCCAACACCAUGCCGGGUAGCUUUGGCAAGCUCUGUGGACAAGGCGCUGUUGGUCAUUCAGAGCAGCAUUGCCUUGCACCACCAGUCACCGAGGUCGAUUCUUCAGGUCCAGUCACUCAUUGGCCAAACGUACACCAUCCUAAAGCAGUUCGAUUCUCUGGUGGCCAAAAUACGACGUGGUCACCUAGAUGAGGACGUAUUUGUCAUCGUAUACCAACAAGCACAAUCGGCAGAGUAUGCCGAAAUACACCUGAGAGAUAUGAUGCGCGAAGUCUUGCGGCGGGUCUCGCGACCUUGGAUCGAGUUGGUCGAGGAGUGGAUUGGCACUCGACGUGAAGUCGGCGUUCCUUUAGGCAAGCAUGAAGUCGGCAGGCAGAAAGGCUUUAUCAAGGUCGAGUCCGAGACUUACAUUGAUGACUUUGGAGACGAGGUUGACGAGGUCGAUUACCGUUUAGAUACUGAACGGAUACCCAGCUUCAUGCCUGAUGAUAUAGUCAAAUCCCUGUUCGAGGUUGGACGAAACCUUCGGUUCAUCAGAACUACCCACCCGAGUCAUCCCUUGGCACACUCAAGAACCGUCUCGUCAAGUCGACCACCUACGCUUGAGUGGCUCUUCGACUGGGACGCCAUAGUUCUUUUAGAGAGUAAGGUUCAUUCGUACGAGAAUGAGCUGCGGGAUGCUAUUCAGCAACAUGGCCCAGAAACGCUCACUAACCUCGAGAUGCCGAGAUGGCCUAUGGGCGGUUCGACGGGGUACCAGCUACAGUUCUUUGGUCUCGACGAAAUCCAAUUGCAGAAUCGGCUGGAGGCAUCUAUACAGGAUUUUGAACAGCCCAUGGGCGACUCGACUGCGGAGGAUCCGUUGGGAAUCAUCAUCAGGGAGCGCCUGGCUGAUGUCAGGACAGAGGCUGGAAACGCCGGUACCGACUUCACCCCUCACUGGUCUCUGCUUCCAGUUCUUUCAUUCGGCUCCAUCAUCUCAGUCCAAUCAAAGGUCGUCGGCAGAGAGAGCUUGAAGUUACUGUUCACGUCCCAUGACCUCAGACAGCACCUGAGCUUGCAAAAGGAAUUCCAGCUCCUUGGAAACGGAUUCUUCUGCAGCCGCCUCUCUCACGCACUAUUUGAUCCAGACCUCGAGACGGCCGAGAGACAGGCCGGCGUCGCUCAUCAAGGUGGAGUAAUGGGCCUAAGGCUUAGUGGCAGAAAUACAUGGCCUCCUGCCAGUUCAGAGCUGCGCCUAGCGCUGAUGGGCGUCUUGACUGAGAGUUACGAAGGCCCUGUGAAAGGGGGCUCAUCUCAAUCACGAGAUGGCGAAGCCCAUGAACUUCCCGGCGAUCUCAGCUUCGGUGUGCGAAGCCUAUCCAACGAGGAAAUCGAUAAAUGCAUGGAUCCGGAUGGACUGGAGGCACUUGACUUUCUUCGGCUAUCUUACAAGCCUCCCCAGGCAUUGGGAUCCAUCAUCACGCCAAUCAUACUGGUGCAGUAUGAUCGGAUCUUCAAACUGCUGCUGCGCGUCUCGCGGAUGCAGUAUACAGUCAACCGGCUCUUCCGGGAUGUCACAGCCAGAGAGUCUGGAUGGCACGACGUUGAGGAUGUUUCGGUCCGUUUUUGCUAUGAGGCUCGUCACUUUGUGGCGGGCAUCAGCAGCUACAUCUUCGACAUUGGAAUUGAGAUGCCAUGGCGGGCGUUUGGAAGUCUCCUGAACAAAGUAGAGGCAGACUUGAAAAGCGACGAGGUGACGACACUGUCAGGAUCGGCCAUCAGUCCCGAUCGCCUGCGCGAGCAGCACUCCCAGGUUCUUGAUCGGAUCAUGCUGGCACUGCUCUUGAGGAAGAGACAGCAGCCCAUUCUCAAGCUGCUCGAUGACAUAUUUAGAGUCAUACUCAAGUUUGCCAAAUUCGCGAGGCUCCGGGCCGACGGGCGAAGCUCUCGUAGCCAGGGCGAUGCGACGGCCAAGGGCUUGUAUAAGACCUUCAGACGAAACGUUGAGGUUUUCCUGACGGUCUGCAAAGGACUCAGCGAGAAGGGAGACUACGGCGGCAAGAAGGAUGUUGCUGGCGACAAGGAAGGUUCAGAAAGAAUCGAUGCGUUGGACAACAACCCUAUCGCUCAACUGGUGCUGAAACUCGACAUGUUCAACAACAUGUCUCGCCCAGGCCCCUCAGCACGCAACUUGACUCUCACGGAAGAGCUGGAGAAGCUCGAGCAGUCUAUUACUCUGACGCUGCAAGAGAUCGACUCCAACUUCAGCAAAGCUCACCGGAUCGUGACCACAAGCAUUUUGCCCAUCGUUGAGCAAUAUGGCGAGAACUCUAGAAACGUUUGGGAGGCUUCCAAGUUCUGGAAGCAAUUCUUCGAGGCCUCGGCCAACGUGUCGCUUUCUGGCUACGAAGAGCUCGCAAACGAUGAGGACGAGACCGCGGCCAACGAGGAAUCCACCGUUCAAGACGAGACGUCGGUCAAUUACACCCCACGACGCGAGGACGGCGCCGAAGACGACUCGACAGCAUCAGCCCCCGAGUCUACAUUUCAAGCCGAGGAGUCCAUGAUCGGCGGCGAUGAUGACCUGACGGGUAGCACCCCGCGUCUUCCCAAGACCAAGACUAUUCAGACUCAAUUCUCCAGCCUCGAGUCUCCCUACGAGGCGCUCAAGCGCGAACUCAAGGGCGAGCCGCCGGCACCGCAUGAAGAGGACGAUGAGGACGAAGACCUUGGCAUCGGCGAAGACUCGACGAUUCUCUUUGCACAGCACACUGCCCGUUUGCCAGACAUGUCGAUGACGCCUCGAACAUCGCUCGCCCCAGCCGGUCAACAGUCUGCGCAGCCUCACAAGGACCCUCUGAUGCACCGCAUGCUCGACAAGACAUUCCGUAUCCAGGCCACACCGCACAAGGGCCCUACCUAUCGCGUCUCUCCGCUGAAGCGAGAAGCGAAGCCCAAAGAGGAGGAAGAUGUACCCACGUGGAAACGCCAGGACUCGCCCAUGUCGUCGCCAGUCAUGGCUGUUCCGACGUUGCGAAGCGAGGCUUUCAUGUCACCCGCCAAGUCCAGGCGUCUCGCUGCAGCCACAGCAGCUGCAGGUCCCCGCACCCCCGGUGUCAGCGUCCAGACGCCUGUUACGGGCCGGAAGACCAAGGACGUCUUCGCCAGCAAGCCUAUUUUCCGGAGUGCCUACGAUGACGACACCACCACGACAGACAUGGGUGCUGCUGGUCUAGCAAAGGACAAGUACGAGAUCAACUGGGAGAGCGACAGCGACGAGGAACAGGGGCUAUAUGGGGGCAUGAGUCCGCCGAAGACGAUCCAGUUUGCGCUGCCACAAUCGAAGUUGCUUCAGACGCCAGCUCGGGAAGCCAGCAAGCGCAUAGUGGACGAUAUUCUGAUGACGGCAGGCGCCGAACCGGAGAGCCCGGAAUAUAGUCCUACGAUGGUCAAGAUGAACGAAGAUAUUCUCGAUGAGAGCUUUUGA